AGAAACUCUCUCCCGCUUCCGCUCCGCUCUCUCUCAAGGCAAACAUCAUCAUUACCCAAAGAGACACACACAUUUCUUUGUGUUGAAGUGAGCUCUUUCGCUUACAACAAGACCCCCGGCGCGACCUCAUCUCCGUCCUCGCCGCCAUACAUCUAAUCUAAUCGAUCGUCUCCGUCGUCGGACUUCACGCCCGAAAACAUCCACUCUCGCUUCAUCGCAUCGUCAUUGAAAAACACAUUCGCUUGUGAGAGAUCGAGGCGCUUAGGAAGGGCGAAUGGCUCACAAUGCAAAGCUCGUUCAGGACGAGAGCGACGAGUACGACUAUGAGUCUCUACCGCCAAACUUCUCGCUCGCUGCCAACAUGGCGGCGGGAGCCUUUGCUGGAAUCGCUGAACACUCUGUGAUGUACCCCAUUGAUCUACUGAAGACGCGAAUGCAAGUCGUCAACCCGACACCGGCUGCCAUCUACACGGGCAUUGGCAAUGCGAUAUCGACCAUUUCAAGAGUAGAGGGAUAUAUGUCAUUAUGGAGAGGAUUGUCUAGCGUGGUCGUGGGAGCAGGGCCCGCGCACGCCGUCUACUUUGCUACAUACGAGGUUGUCAAGCAAGCAAUGGGAGGAAACGCAUCUGGACAUCAUCCUGUGGCCGCAGCCUCCAGCGGCGCCUGCGCAACCAUUGCCUCGGACGCCUUCAUGAACCCCUUCGACGUGAUCAAACAACGCAUGCAAAUGCACGGCAGCACCUACACCUCCCUCAUCGACUGCGCAACCAAAGUCUUCCGCUCCGAAGGUCUCCGCGCCUUCUACGUCUCCUACCCAACCACACUCACCAUGACCGUGCCCUUCACCGCCCUCCAAUUCACCGCCUACGAGUCCCUCACAAAAUACAUGCAGCGCAAACGCGGCGCACAGGGAGCCUACGACCCUCUCACGCAUUGCACGGCCGGUGGAUUGGCGGGAGGUGUUGCGGCGGCCGCGACGACACCACUGGAUGUGAUCAAGACGUUGUUGCAGACACGGGGUACCUCGACGGAUAUGGAGAUCAGGCAUGCGAGGGGCUUGUUCCCGGCGGCGGGGAUUAUUUGGAGGAGGGAGGGUGCCAAGGGCUUCUUCCGUGGGAUGAACGCGAGAGUGGUGACUGCGGCGCCGAGCACGGCGAUCUGCUGGAGUGCGUAUGAGUUGGCCAAGGCGUACUUCAUUCGGGUGGAGGAUGAGGCUUGAAAAGCGUCGAAGAAGACACAAUUACUUGGUGGUGGGUGGCAUGAGGCGAGGUCAGUGGGACAACAGCAAGCAGCGGAGUUGAGGAUUGCUGGCGUGCGAAGGGGAAGAGAAAUGCUUGGACCAGGCGAUGACGGGGAAGCAAGAGACGCUCUGCAUAAGAACGGGACCUGCAAACCAUUGGCAUGUGAAGGCGCUUCGUGGAGGUCCCUUUCGGCGGAUUUCUGUGUGUAACAUAUCAGACAUGAGCAUGGCGGAGAUGUGGCUUGGAGGGCGACUGGCACUGAGAGAGGUGGGAUCUCAGACGACGAUGAUGAGAUGUUAGAUACUGGGAGAGUCCGAGCCGACGAUCAGCGCACGCGCUUUGAUC